AUGGAAAUCCUGCUCCAAGAUGAACAUGCCUGCAUGCUGUGUCACCGGGCAGAGGCUGACCCCGAUAUCUGCGGGUCCAAGAGAGUGAAGAAAGGACUCUGUACCCACAACUAUUGCCUGCGCUGCUUUGUCUGCAGUGAGAUGGGUGCCGCCAUCACCUGCUCUGAGCGUGGCUGCAACCGCAGCUUCCAUCUCCCCUGCGCCUCAGAGGGUGAAUGUGUCACCCAGUUCUUUGGGAUGUACAGGUCCUUCUGCCAGGAGCACCACCCAGAGCAAGUGGUGCAAGCCACUCCAGAGCAGAACACCACCUGCAUCAUCUGCAUGGACCUCGUGGAAGACAAAAUGUCCUACCACACCAGUUGCCCAGCAUGCCGACAUGCCUGGUUCCACCGGCACUGCAUGCAGACACAGGCUCUCCACACUGGCACCAGCUUCUGCUGCUCGCAUUGCCGAAACAAAGACCAGUUUGUGAUGGAAAUGCUCACCAUGGGGAUUCGAAUCUCCACGAGAGAAUCAUCAUGGGAGAGUGACCACGCCUUUGGAGAGGUGUAUCAGAGCCACAGCUCCUGCAACGCCAGCAGGUGCCUGUUCCCAGGAGGCAGGGAGCAGGCCGAGGAAGAGGGGUAGGCCUGGCAACUGCUGCUGUGCAGCUCCUGUGCCAGACAAGGCACCCACUGACACUGCUCUGACUUGAGGAGUGAAGAAACCACCUGGGAGUGCGACAGCUGUGUUGGCCUGGGCACCGGUAAGAGGCAAAGCACCCGUGUGGGUGCCCCCCUGGGCUGGGGCCAGUGUCCAGGCUAAGCCUGAUAGCAGGGGCUUAGGCUGGGCUUGGUGCUGGGAGUGCCUGGGACACCAUGACGGCCUCUCAUGCCCCAGGGCUGACUGCCCAUGACACUGACCUUCUUGCUUCCCCUCACAGCCUCCAGUGAAAAUUCAGACCUUGCCAGCUCCAGUGCCACCAGGCAGGUGGUGGCACUGGGGUCACCCUGCAGCUCCCAAGUGCCUAGACACAGCACUUACUGCAGCCACCCUGGGCCAGAACGGGUGCGACAUCGUGCACGAUUAGAGCGUAGGGCGCAAAAACCAUACAG